AUGAAAAGAAAGUAUCCAGGUUGGAGUGUGAAGGAACGCCGUCCAUUCCCGCGUCGUACGAGACCCACCACAAUCGGACCACAGUCAGAAACCACCACAGAUAUCGAAACAACCACAAGACCCACAAGGCGCGGGAACAACAAAUUCAAGAACCGAAAAACGGAAAAAGAUACAAAGGAAAAGUCAUCUUCCGAGAAGCCAUUGACGCGAAAUGAGAAGCCUGAACGAACGUUCUUGCGCCGGCGGCUUGGUGGGGCGAACUCCACAACUCCAAGACCAGUUUCGUCAGUAUUACCAUCUCGUCGUCCAUUCCGCGUGGCCAGCAGACGCCGGCCCUUCGGUCCAAGUUCCACAACUUCCACUACCACCACUCAAGCUACUACUCAAAUGUUAGAAAGUGAGGAGUCAUUGCAAGAUCUUGGGGAUAUUGAUGCGUUCGAAGAUCCAUCUCUUCAACCACGAAACACCAAGAAUACCAAUGUACAAAGACGAAGACCGCUAGUUCAACUUAAGAGUGACACAGCAAAUCAAGAUCAGAACCCCUCAGCUACCAACGAUGACAAGAAAGAGAGGCAAAGCAAGAAGUAUAGUGCAACGUUUAAACAAAAUCAAUUAGAUGAGACUCUGAAAGGUCGGUCUAGUGGAGAGGAGAUCGAAGCCACUACUGAAGUGAGAUUAGUUACUUCUGAAGAUUAUAGCGCAGAAACUGCCGUAGCCUUAGCAGCACACCAACUUAUCGCCGCACCCGUUCCAGUCAUUCAAGAUUAUGAAGAACCAAAAACCACGAAAAGGCCUAGAACAUCGCAAACGAUCGUAGAUUACAAAUACACCAGUCCUUUUUACAACGAAGAAUUAAAGACUCAAAACACAGAAGAUUAUUCACAUACCCACUCACCUCAGGGAUUCGAAACCUCAACACCUUACUUCAAAACUGACACCGCUUCAACGUACGACACUAGACUCCCAUAUACAUCUACAGAUGCUUUCACAAGAAGACCGUAUUCAACUAUAGGUGAAUCAACAGGAAGAUUUGAUAAAACCACACAAUUUGCAACAAACACCAUACGACCGGGCGUAAGAUUCACCAUUCCUGAUGGUUUUGAAUCGACACCUUAUAUCAGAACAGAAGGAACUACUUUCGACUCAUUCGAUUCGACUGGAAGAUACGACAGAACUCGAUCUAAUCCAAUUGCCGAUUCUACUCCAUUUUCGCGAAAUACGAUUCGUCCGUCCGGUGUAUCACUUAACAUUGGUUCAGACAACUCUGGAGAAUCCACAUCGCGGUUUACCUACGACUUCACAUCGACAGUAGAUUAUGAAGCAAAGUCUAGACCAAUAUCGACAGUUAAUCCAGUGGAAACAACCAGAUUUAAUACUGCAGCAGAUUAUGAGCCACGGGUAACAAGACCACGAUUGCCGUCAAACCCGACAGCUUCUAGCAUUUCUGAGUAUCCUUCGACGAGGAAAUUCUCGCGACCAGCUGGUUUUUCACCAAGUUUACUGAAUGUUGGUCUCGAAGCUUCGACCUUAAGGUUAGGACCGUCUACUGCUAGAUACUUGGGGUCUAGCGGUAAGAUUCCGGUCUCAGGUUCAAACGGUGCUAGUCAGGAGCCCUCGUAUUUUACGAGAGAAUACCUUUUGGAGUCGCCAGUGACUAAGGCCUAUGAUGAUGAGUAUCAAUACCUAUCUCCUAUAACAACACCACAAACUACAACAACUAAAAAGUCACCACCACGUAGAAAAACAAUCUAUAGAAGAAUUUCAACUACACUAAAAACUCCAGUCGCGGAAACGCCUAAACCAAGAUCGACUAGAAAACCGUUCGAAAAAAUUCCAGAGAAGGAAAUUGAGUCCGAAAAAGAAAUAGUGAAAGCAUCAGGGCCGAAAACGUCAGAAUUUGAUUACUACGAUGAUGAUCAAGAGAAGAUAGGAGUCAAAUAUGAGAAGGAAACCAAAGUUAUUUUAGAUGGAACAGGUAACAUAGAAUGUUUGGAUAUCGGAAACUUCCCACAUCCCUCUUCUUGUAAGAAAUUUAUAUCAUGUGCACGAAUACGUGGUGGGUCAGUGCUGGGAUGGGAAUACAUUUGCCCCAAAGGGCUUUCCUUUGAUCCUGUUGGAGGCAUUUGUAACUGGUCUGCCGGUUUGGGAUGUCAGGAGAAAGAUCUUGAAUAA